GGCAAAAGUGAGUUAGUGUGCGUCUGCUGCCAAUGGAUUAUUAUUUACCCGAAAUCGCCCAAAUACCAAAAAAAUACUGGGAAAAUUAAUUUAAAAACCGAAUCCAUUGUAUUAAACGUGUCGUUUUCUUUAGCACGUGAAUACGAUUUUGAAAAUCGCGGGCAAAAAGUGUUCGGCCGAAUAGGAAAAUCGUCGGGUAUUUACGAUUUUAAUUUUGGUUGGCCAGACAAAUGAAACAUCGGCGUGCCGUCAACGUGUGGCGGGAAUUGGAAUAAAAUUCGAAAAAUUGGUCUGACCCAACUCGGGCUAUGGCAGAAGUGGCAGCAAUGGGCGAGGUCGACGAAAUUCACUCAAACGACGAAAGCGUUAUGGUAAACGGAGAAGUAACCAAAGAAACUGUAGACGAUGUAGAUAUGGUUGAUGUAGAAGCUAAAAAACUACCAACAGAAGAAGAUGAAGAAAUGAAAUCGGACGGUGAUAAAGAAGAAGACACCAGUUUGGAUAGUAGCAGUAAUAAGGACGCAACAAGUCAAAGUAAUGUUGACGAGGAUAGUAAAGAUAGUAGCGAGGAUAGUAGUCAAAGUAGUCAAGAACAAAUUCCAGAAAAUGGGGAGGUUGCCAAUGAAGACACUAAUAGCAGUUUAGCACAAAAUGAAAAUAGUAAUGUUAGUAGUGCUAGAAAUGAGGAUGAAGAGGAAGAAGAUAGCGGGAGCAGUAGUACAUCAAGUGAUUCUAAAGACGAGAACAGCCAAGAGGGAUCUGACAAAAAGAGUCCUCCAGCAGUAGAGAAAAAUGAAAACGAAAAAAUGGAAAUUUCUGAAAACGGUAUCGAGGAUCCAGUUGAAAGUCCAGCUACUUCAAACGAUGACGUGCAAGAAAUUGUCAAACCACACGACACUAUCGAGCUAAAUAGCGAAGACGAAACCGACCUUCAAAUCCUCGACGCAAAAACCAACGGCAGCGACGAAGUAAUCGAUUUAAUUGACAGCCCAGAAAAAAAAACUCCCCCCUCAAAAAACCUUGUCAAAAAAGACCCAAUCACACCGAGACGAAGCUCGAGGAAUUUAACCAAAAGCAAAGAUGGUUCAAAAACCAAUAGCAAAGAAAGCGGCGAAUCUGACAUUGAAGAAGUACUGCCACAAGACCCACUAGCUGACAACGAUCAAAUAACUGUCGAACGCGUUCCCAUGGUAAAAAAACCGGUACCUGAACAAAAGGCGUCAACUAUUGUAGUAAAAGACACUAAACGAUUGGUGGAAAUUGCUAAUAAAACUAAUCAGAGCAGCUCAGGCACGGGGCAAACUGGCAAAAAAGAACCCACUUUAGUGAUUAUUGAUACAAAUUCAAUAUUGUCAGGUCGCGGUCCAGUACCAGCCUCGAUGCCGGUACCGAGUGUGAAACAAUCGCCUGCGACGUACGCCAACGUACUUCCGAUGGCGGUACCAGCUCAGGGUUUGUAUCCGGCCAAUAUGCGGGCCACCAUUACUCCGAUUCCGGCCAGUAAUCAGCAGCAUCACAAGAGUGCUGUCCAGUCGGCUCAGGCCUCGGGUGCUCCACUGUUGCCAACUCUUACCGAUGAUAUGUUUGUUGUGGAAGCUCCGUCUUUUAUUGUACCCUAUGUAUACGAAAAACCUCCUGUAAAAGUCCUGAAAGAAUACAUUGCCGAAAUCAAAAAGCAAAUCGAAGACAACAAAAAAGAAGAAAAAGCAAAGAAACGAGCAAAAAAACAAGAAAAAAAAGACAAAAGCAAAGACGACGGAGAAGACGCCUCUGACGAUGCAACCUCCAGCAGCGAUGAGGAAAUAGAAGAAGUAAAACCUGACCUGAAAAAACCUUACUCUUACUUCGAGAGUCCCUUAGGCAAAUUUUUCACAGACAUCGGUUGCAAUUUGGUCCAAGAAUACGUGCAAAACGACCUGUUGAAACAGCAAAAACGCAAACGAGACCGGGAACAAGGCUCCAACAUUGAAACAAACAAAACUAUAGCGACAUUAGUUAAGACUAUUGAAAUGAGCAGAAGCACCAAUCAACAUUUCAAGAUGGACAUUAAAAAGUGUGAGUUUUGCAACUUCAAAACCGAAUCCAAGCUGGCGAUGGCCUACCACUUGGAAACUCCCCACAUGAAAAACUUCGUCUACAAGUGCAACUUCUGCGCGUACGAGGUGCGCAGCCCGCACGACAUCCUCUUCCACAUGGAAGCUGAACACGCGGUCCGCGGCCACUUGGAACGCGCACCUGCUUUCCACCAAUGCCCCUCGUGUCCCUUUGAAGACAACCAAAAGGGCAAAUUGUCUAGACAUUUGGUAGUCUGUGCAAGAAAAUUCAAACCUGACCGGAACCUGGAACCACCGCCGGAUUGGGAACCUCCUGCGAAGAUUCCUAGGAUGCCUAAGAUGCGCGCCACUGGUUUGAAUGCUGCAGUGGCUGCCUAUCAGACUUUGACUAACAAAGGGGCGCAACAAUAUCAGUUUUUGUCAAAGAUGCAGCUGCAACAAGCGACUGCGACAGCGAGCACUUCUGCUCUGAACAGGGGCAGGGGCAGGCCCACUCUGGGUCCAAACGUCAAACCCUCGCAACCAAUGAUCAGGCCCCAAGGGAUGAUUUUCAAGCAACAAUCUGGUGGCCAGAUGUUGGUGCCUGCCAAUUAUCAAUUGAGCGGCAACCAAGUGUACCAGGUGGUGGGCGGCUCUGAAUUGGGCGGUCGACUGGGUUCAGUGCCUGGUAUGGCUUAUGUUCCAUCCUCCGCCCAGGCAACAGGCUCCUUACAGACAACAACCAGCCAACAGCAACAACAACAGACUGCAAAAAAACCCUCGAACACUCCAAGCAUUUCAAUUACUCCUUUACCAAGGACAUCGUCUACUGCUACUCCAGCUGCCUCUAAACCCGGAGAUACAAGUUCCAAAAACGCGUUUGUGAUUUGCGAAAUUUGCGACGGCUACAUUAAAGACUUGGAACAGUUGCGCAACCACAUGCAGUGGAUUCACAAAAUCAAAAUCCAUCCCAAGAUGAUCUACAAUCGGCCUCCACUCAACUGUCAAAAGUGUCAGUUCAGAUUUUUUACUGAUCAAGGCUUGGAGCGUCACUUAUUAGGCUCUCAUGGUUUGGUUACUUCUAGUAUGCAAGACAAUGCUAAUAAAAGCAAAGAUUCGGGACGGUGUCCUGUUUGUGGACGGGUUUAUCAAUGGAAAUUAUUGAAUCACGUGGCUCGUGACCACAAAAUGGUAUUGAAACCGGCUCAUUUGUCGUACAAGUGUACAGUGUGCACUGCCACUUUCGGCAUGUACAAACAGUUUGAGAAUCACGUUUAUUCGGCGCACAGUGUGGUGGCUAAGCGCGUCAUGGACAAGAAAACUACCUCAGCAGCUGCGGGUUCAACUACAAAGAACGCUACAGAUAUGAAACCGUUGAAAAUCAACGACGAAAUAACGAUCAUACCUCAGCCGGCCAAAUCGACCAAUGGCAAGGAGGCCGCCAAAAGUACCGCCGUCGCCGGUACCAGUAAAACUAGGUAAAAACCGCCCCUAUGGUCCCCUCAAUUCAUUAUUGUUUAUUUAUUUAUGUUUUUUAAAACAAAAAUUUAGUGUUAUUUUUUUUUUAAAUUUUCAACGCUUGAUGUACAAGUGUAUAGAGCUUGUAUUGAAAAAUAAUAUACAUUUCUUAUCAGUUGUAAAUAAGGUUUAUAUUUAAAAAAUAAUAGUUUGUAGAGAUUUAAUUAAUUAAUUGACGUUUCAACUACAUAGAAGAUUCCUUUGUUAUAUUUUUUUUAACUCAUAGGUCUGUUCCCACAGGAGUUUCUGACAGUUUGCAACCUGUCAAAAACAAUCGCUCAGCUGAGUUACAGAUUUAUCUUGUAACGACAGCAUUAAAAACAUGUAUGGGCGAUGGUUACUAACAGUUUGCAAACUGUCAGAGACCUAAAGACAACAGACUUUUAAUUAUUGUAAUGUUUUCUUUAAAUUUUUGGAAAACUAUAUUUAUAAGAUUCCUAAGAAAAACAAUAAGUGGAUUAUUUGUAUAGAGUUUAUAGAAAUAUAAUAUGUAACUUUGACAAGUUUUAUUUUUGAAAUUUUGAUCCUUUUUGACUCACCAAAUCCCAUAUAAUUUGGUCAUUUUAUACAGGGUGUCCCACGACGUUUUUCCCAGGUGAUAACUUCUGAACAUGUCAUCCAAAAUAAUUAAAGUUUUGAGGAUCUGGGUAACUUUUUGUGCCGUUUCUACCAUUGUCAUUUUCGCUUCAAUUUAAGUCAAGUGACGUCAACUUUAGAAUCUUACAUGUAACUCGUGGUAUAUUAUGGAAUUUUUCAUUAGAAAAUUAAAUUACAAAAUCGGCAAUGCCAUAUUUGUUAAAGAAUAUAAUGAAAAAUUAUACAGUGGAACUUAUGAUGUUAUCAUUUGGACAAAACCUUGUGGGACACCCUGUAUUACAGAUAAUUUGAAUUUGUACAAAAUUGAUAUUAUAGGUAAAGAGAAGAAGCAACAUGAAGAACCAAGAAUGCCUGUAAAUAAUUAAUUAUUGGACUUUUUAAGUGUAAAAUGUACAUAUAAAAAAGGUAAGCGUUAAAUUUAGUGCCACAGAGACACUCUUUUGUUCUAGAGUAAGUACCAAGUGCAAUUACUUUUUUGAUUACUUGGUUGCACACACUCUGUAUAUAAAAAGACUAUAUACCUAGUAGAAAUAUAAUUUUUUUUCUGUGAACGAGAAAAACAAUGUUUGAAUUAUUGAAAUUUACAAGUGGAUAAAUAAUUGUUUAUAUUAAUUAAUUCUUAAUUAUUACGGAUUAUGGGUGUUUCUUUUAGUAAAUUAUUGAUUUGUAUUUACUUGAUUUAAGAACAAAAAAAAAAAUAUUAUUGUAAAGGCAGGAAAAUAAUAUUUAAAAGUAAUAUAUAUAAUCUUAUUCUUUUUUAA